UGCUCGCGGCAGCAGCCAUCAGUGUCAUUGAUUCACUGAGUGGAGGCUCCGCAGACAACAACAGCUCCUCGUGAGCCCGGAGACAAUCUCAGCCCUUCUCUCCUCUUCCACCGCUUCUGUCAGAGUAGAUUCACACUUUGAUUCCAGGCUCAGGAUGCUGCACAGCGAUGGGACAAAGGAAACAAAAAAAAAAUCCACCUUUCUAACAAAGAGCCAUAAAAUCAUGGGAUACUAGAUUUUAGUGGAACUCAACCUUUUCUGUUAAAUUUACAUGUUUAUGUUUUUAACCUUGUAGGCUUUUUAUUGUAAAAAAAAAAAGAAAAAGAAAACACUCCACACACAAUAUUCUGAAUUGAUGAAGGAAGGUGGUGUUCUUGAUACCGCUGUCAUUCAAAGAGACAGUUAAUGGAAAUGGGGAAGAAAACAUGCACGUAACUCGAGGGGUCCAGUCCGCCCCAGUCCCACUGGCAGAGCAGCCAUUGCUCCAGCACUCAUGUGGCACUAGGUACUGACCGACCUGUCAGCACAGCCAGGAGCCGACUGAAGCUGAAAGUCCAGCCUGGCCAUGACCUCGUCGGACAAUGAUGAAACCGGGAGCGACCUGUCUGAGUCCCUGGAGAUCCGCGAGCUCCAGGACCAGUACACGGACCCAGAGAACUGCUUCAAGUCCAAAAGCUUACCCAUCCUGAAUGGACCGUGUCAGCUGGACCACAAGGCAGCGGAGACUCGGUUGCUCAACACCACCCACACCUGUGUGGCCGUGGACGAGUGCGACGAGCUACAGCUGAAAACCCCAGACUCCAGCCAAGCAGAGUCCCCCUCCUCCAGGACAGACUUCUCUCCCUCUGUCUCCAGCAUGGUGGGGCUCAGCAGCUCUCUGCCUGUGGAGGGCCACAGGGCUGGUGGCUCUGGGGGCAAAAAACUUGGCUUCCCUCUUACCUGCCUUCUCCGUAUUCCAGCCAGGAAGUACGUGCGUUUAAUCCUUAGGGACUCGCGCUGCUUCCUGUUCUGCAUGUGCUACCUGACCUUCAUCCAGUCCCUGAUGGUUUCGGGCUACUUGAGCAGCGUCAUCACCACCAUUGAGAAACGCUACAGUCUCCGCAGCUCAGAGUCCGGCCUGCUGGUCAGCUGUUUCGACAUAGGCAGCUUGCUGGUUGUGGUCUUCAUCUCCUAUUUUGGUGGCAGAGGUCAGAGGCCGCGCUGGCUGGCUGUGGGUGGUGUGGUCAUCGCUGUAGGGGCAGCGUUGUUUUCCCUGCCCCACUUCAUCUCGCCACCCUACCAGAUCCAGGAGAUGAACUCAUCCGCCGGUCACGGAGGCCUCUGUCAGAGCGGCAACAACAGUGGGCGAGAACUCGACGUUGCAUCGUGCCCUCGCGACCAGGAGGGCAAUGAGCACAACCUGUAUGUGACUCUGUUCAUCUGCGCCCAGAUACUCAUAGGCAUGGGGUCCACACCAAUCUACACCCUGGGGCCCACUUACCUGGAUGACAACGUGAAGAAAGAAAAUGCAUCUCUUUACCUGGCCAUUAUGUAUGUGAUGGGCGCCCUGGGACCUGCAGCUGGCUACCUGCUGGGUGGCGUCCUCAUCGGCUUCUACGUCGACCCCAAAACUGUAGUGAACAUCGACCAGAGUGACCCUCGCUUUGUUGGCAACUGGUGGAGUGGCUUUCUCCUGUGUUCCAUAGCCAUGCUGCUGGUCAUCUUCCCCAUGUUUGCCUUCCCCAAAAAGCUGCCUCCUCGCCACAAAAAGAGGAAGAAGAAAAAGAUUGGCUCGCCCGGUGACGUAUCCAGCGAUGAUGACGUGAUGAAGGAGAAGUCCAGCAGCAAAGGCCAGAACGUCUCCUCCUCCAUGGGCUUUGGGAAGGACAUCAAAGAACUCCCCAAGGCAGCACUGAGGAUCCUCAGCAACAUGACCUUCCUGUUCGUCAGCCUGUCCUACACGGCAGAGUGUGCCAUCGUCACCGCCUUCAUCACCUUCAUCCCAAAAUUUAUUGAGUCUCAGUUUGGCAUCCCCGCCUCCAAUGCCAGCAUCUACACCGGUGUGAUCAUUGUACCCAGCGCCGGCGUGGGCAUCGUGCUGGGGGGCUACAUCAUCAAGAAGCUGAAGCUCGGAGCCAGAGAGUCGGCCAAGCUGGCCAUGAUCUGCAGCGGGGUGUCCCUGCUCUGCUUUUCCACGCUCUUCAUAGUGGGCUGCGAGAGCAUCAAUCUGGGAGGAAUCAACAUACCGUACACCACUGGGCCGACCUUGACGAUGACCCACAGGAACCUGACGGGAAGUUGCAACGUGAACUGUGGCUGCAGGAUUAACGAGUACGCUCCUGUCUGUGGCUCCGACGGCAUCACCUACUUCAACCCCUGUCUGGCUGGAUGCAGCUCUGUGGGCAAUGACAGCACUGGGAUCAGAAACUACACCGACUGCGGCUGCGUGCAGAGCAGACAGGUCAUCACGCCGUCCUCCGGUGGGCAGGUCAACCAGCUGCAGCUGGUCAUUGUCAAAACGUACCUGAACGAGAACGGCUACGCUGUGUCAGGGAAGUGCGACCGCACCUGCAACACACUCAUCCCUUUCCUCAUCUUCCUCUUCAUCGUCACGCUCAUCACCGCCUGUGCCCAGCCCUCCGCCAUCAUCGUUACACUCAGGUCUGUUGAUGAGCAGGAGAGGCCUUUUGCUCUUGGGAUGCAGUUUGUCCUGCUCCGAACUCUUGCCUACAUCCCCACACCCAUCUACUUCGGCGCUGUGAUCGACACCACCUGCAUGCUGUGGCAGCAGGACUGCGGCGUGCACGGCUCCUGCUGGGAGUACGACGUCACCUCCUUCCGCUUCGUCUACUUUGGCCUGGCCGCCAGCCUCAAGUUCGUCGGCUUCAUCUUCAUCUUCCUCACCUGGUACUCGAUCAAGCACAAGGAGGACCGGGCCGAGCGCUGGCGCCAGCACCUGCCUCCGCUGGGCACCGUCAGUGAGCUCAUCUGCCACGCCGGCGGCCAAAAGAGCCACGCCCGCACCCGCUCCUGCCCUGUGUUCAUCCCGCCUCGGCCCGACCCUCCCACCGCCCUGCUGCUCAACCGUGGCCACAGCAGCCUCAGUUGCCCUGGCAACGCCCUCAAAGCAAUAACCCCGCCCAUCCUCUUGCCACACCACCACAGAGGCUCCGCCCAUGUCUGAGAGCAUGCCAAGCCUUCCUGCGGAGGGGGGGGGGGGGUUCAUAGUGAUAUGUGCCUUCCUGUUUAGUGUCUCUGCAUCCUUCCCUGUCUGCUCUACACCAACCAGACACAAGGGCGGCGCUCCAGCGCUGCUGCAGGACCGACAGGCGGAGACGCAGGUGCGCCCACCACACGUAAAGGGCUGCUCAUCGCCGCUAUGAUAACAGGAAACUGACAGAUUCACUCUGAGCAGAUCAUCAGACGGUCACACGUCCACUUAAAGGAUGGAUGCAUGAUGCAAAGACAUCACAUGGUGCUACUGUGAAAGGGCGGGGCAUUCAAACCUCAGUCACAUGAUCAACACGGCGUCUAAAGCACAACAGACAAACCUGUACUAUGCAAGAUCCUGUGUACAGCUCGUCCUCCUCAGUACUGUACAGCUCCCUCUGUCUCCGUACCUCUUUCUUCUUCUUCUUCUCACAUCAUCACCUCAUCCUCUCCUCACUGUCUGAACAUAUCAGACCCUCUCUCUCUUGUAUUUGAGCCAUUCCUGGUUUGUCUGGUGAACACGUGUCGUUUGCAUCUCCAAAGACGACAAACGCGUUUUUCUUUUUUGUAACAGUGCCUCUCCGGCUGCCUCGGCCAGUACAGUACACAAACACAAAGCUAGUUACCAGGGUAACUGCUCGCCACCAUGAAGCCAGUCACUGUCGUCUCAGUGGAGCUGCAGCCUCGUGCUUUGUUUCUCUCAGCGUUUCGUGAGUCGCGGCUGUCGAAGUUUUUCGCCUUGGCAAGGUAACCAUGUAGCUCAAAGCCGACAUGCACCGACGGUACAGCGUUUACUGACUCCGAUGUUGUCAGUCGUACUACGUUAUUGUCGUGAACUGUAAUAUUUAGCCAAACAGGAGCUCUGAGCGUGUGCUGAAGCUACUGUUCGUCCUACAGAUGUGAACAAACCUGGAAAGGAGAAAACAAAUCUUCACAGAUCUCACACACAACCUUUUCUAGAACUAAUAAUUCGUAGCCAGAUUACUGCAACACUCAAUUUAUAAAAUGCAUCAUUUUGGCUCCGUGUUGUGACGGCUUCUCCAUUUUAAAGGCUUUAAAAUAGAAUAAAUAAUAUAAAUGAAACAGAGACCAACGUUUAACAGCAGAGUUUAUCUGACAAUAACUCAGUUCCUGGGUGUUUGGUGCCCUCUAGUGGACAGAAAGAUGAUUGUGUGAAGGCCAGUGAAUGUUGCUGUUGUCAGACCUGCUGGACUUAAUGACAUGUGGGAUUAUAAAACUUAAUCACUGCACUGAGUUUAGAUCUUUAGUUUCCCUGAGCUUAAGAUGAGCCGCCAUCUUUGCUUUCCUCUGCCAACCAUGUGAUUAAAUCCAAUUAUAAAAUUUGGCUCCACACAAAAUUCAGUGUUCAGAUCAGAGCUGUUUCCUGACGCCAUGUUUGAGAGGAAUUAUUUCCUUUUACCUCGGGCUAGAAAUAAUCUGAUAUAUUUGCUCUCCUGUUGAAGCAAAGAUUGAAGAAAUAGAAAUAAAAAGAGGCGCGUUAACUUUGCCGUUUUCUGUGUUUAAAAAAUUUGAUAAAUAAAUAGAUAAAAUCUGUGCCACAGUAUUUAAAAAUCAUUUUAGGGAGUAUUUUGUUGUGAGGAAGGUUAGAAGUCCUAUAAAGUUACUGUAUUUUAUAUUCUAAUCCGUACGAAUUCAUUUUAAUUAUUAAAAGUUUGCAAAUAAAACAUUUCGAUGCAGUGAAUUCAUUUUAAAAUGUAAUAAUUUUUGGCCAAGUUUCAAGUUUUCUUCUUCUUCUGCCGGGUUAAGUUAAUUUAUCGGCGGCGACUAAUUUUAGUAUUAAUCGUGACUUAGUACCUCAAAUGAAGUAUUCAUUAUAAGUGAUCAUCGUGUAAAUAUUGACAAACAAAGCAUAUUAUAGAGCUCACUCAUAGUUAGAAGCAUAUUUAUGAACUAACCCUCCACAUUGUAGUUAAAAAGAAAAAAUAAAGACUUUAAGCUACAAAAAAAAAAAAACAAACGUUGGAUUUGUCUCGCGGUGCCUGAGCAGUAUUAUUCUCAUGGAGCAGGGUUGAGUUCAGAUUAUACCGUGUGUGUGUGUGUGUUUGUGUGUGUGUGUGUGUGUGUGUGUGUGUGUGUGUGUGUGUAUGGGUGGGGGGGUUAUUGCAAUGUAUUAUUUUCCAUUAAGAGGACUGCACAACGAAGUACAUUUAAAAGCUGACGUAAACGACCCGAAAACAUCCUUAUAUCUGUAACGAUUCUCUUUCCUUCCUUCUGCAGCUGAAAACAAAGUCCAGCGAUAAUGGAAAAGCCCAAAAAACAUCCGGAGCUUUCCUUGAAAUUAAACUUUUAUUCCCUUCACUAGAUGCACAGAUGUUCUUCUGAUCCUCUAAACAUCUUGGAAAAAAGAAGUGUGUAAACCUGUGAAAUCUACAGAAGCAUUCACUUGAGGAAAAAAAUGUUUGCCCUUUUUUCUGAAUUCAUCAGUUUAUUAUCUCAGAAUUUCAUGAGUAACAUUUUUCUGAAUUAACAAGAUUAUCUUCUAAUUUGUUUAUAGUUACUCUCCUGUUGACGACGACUGUAAAGAAAUCAAAGAGGUGGUAACUUUGCAUUUUUCUGUGUUUAAAAAUUUUGAUAAAUCAAGUAUCUAAAUGAAAUCUGUGGCAAAUUGUUGUUUUUUUUAAAAGGGAGCAUUUCCUCUGAUGUGAGGGAGGAUAGAAUCUAAUACAGUUGCUUUAUAUUAAAAUCAAAUGAAUUCAUUUUAAUUGAAAGUUUGCUAAUAAGAAAUUGGUGGCACAUUUAAAAAACAAUUCUAAGGAUGUAAAUGUAAAACUCUAUUGGGAAUUCUGAGAUAGUAAACUUCUGUGACCAUAGUUAUGGGUCAACAUUGUUUUUUUGUCAAUGACACCCUUCCUUUAAUAAGGUAAACUAAACAUUUUGCUUUUUACAGGGAAGGUUAGAGAAUCAUCCUGAAACGUCGCAUUGAUCGUUGGACACACUAAACUUACGGCUGUCUGACUCUGUACUGUAAAACUACUACUUUGGAAUCCAGCGUCCUGCGACGCCUGGAUCCCUACGACUACUGAUGCAGGCGACUUCAGGUCGACUGUAAAAAUCACUUUAACACAUUUCUCCUCUGGUCAGCGUUUGAACUGAAGGUGAAUUUCCUGGACAAGAACAGAAGCAGAAAGUCGAGCUCUUAGCGCUUUGUGUUCCUCAGGAGCAGAAGUCUGAUGGAUGUUUGUGAACACUUGGUUUACAAAUGCCUUGCAUACUUGAUAUUUGUCAUUAAAAAAACUGAAAAAAA